AUUUACAGUCGAACUUGGCGCUGAAGUUCCGUUGUGGUUUGAAGUGAGUAAGCAUGGUUAUUUCAUUUUAUGGUUUGCUAGAAGCAGGUUUACUUGUCUUAAAUGGAAUUGCUGUACUCAACAGGGAACGCUUUUUAAAUAAGGUUGGCCUUUCGGUACCGAGCAAUUCUUUCGAAGUUGUGAAUCCAUCAUCUUUUAAAAUGCAGGUUGUGAAUCUCAUUGCUGCGGUACAAACAGUUAUGCGAGUGCCUCUUAUUGCUAUCAACAUCGUCGUUAUUGUUGCGAAACUUUUAUUUGGAUAAUCUUUCGGAUAUAUAAAUUACAACCACUCCGUUAAUCAAAAACGGAUCAAUCGAAAAUACUUGUCAAACACUGUGAUAUUUGUGCUACUGAUUUGUGAUUAAGGAAUAUUGAAGUAUUUAAUGCAAAAACCUGUUGAGAUAUGUGAAGUUAUCUUUUAAAUCUUUACUAGUAGAACUUUAGGAUCGC